AGGAGAUCGAUUGAGUCCGUCAGCAGGUGGUGCUGUGCAUGUGCAACAUGGAUGGUAAGCCUGGAGGAAUCUCCAAGGUGUCUGCCAGCAGAUGGUGCAGUGCAUAUACAGCAUGGAUGGUGGAAUUUGGUAGGCAGGCUGCCUGAUGAAAAAGCGCGCAUGCACUCAUCUGGUCCUGCACAUGCUCAGAAACGCGUCGCAUUUUGAUGACUGCCUACUGGACUACCUUCACCCCUGCUUAUUUGGAACUCAUCAAACAUACAUGGACUGCCACACCAUGCGCCUGUUAUCCCUUUUGUCUUUUAUUAGAGUUACAAUUUUUAAAUAUGCA